UAGUAUCAUUUUAAAUAAAUUAAACAGUUGAUUUUAUUCUUUCCAAGCAGGCCUUGUUGAUAAAAGAAAAUAGGUUUUAAAAGUAGUUUUGUAGAGUUCCAGUGUUUAAAGAUUAUCAAAUUUUCAUUUAGAUUUAGAUCAAUUAAAGAGGUCUAACUUUUAUCAAUUUUUUCAAAUUCAUGUUUUAUAAAUAGAAGAUUACUUAACAAGAGAGAAAAAUGAAGAUGUUAUAUCCCAGAAAUUUUCACUGGAAUAAAAAGAAGGAAGUGGACGUUGCUGAACUCAAGCCGCACUUAAUAAAUGACUACAGAGACCCUCCGAUGCGUCCUCUACCCAAGAUUAAAAGGAAAAUAAAGAAAAAGAAAGAUGACGAGUGUCGUGCCAUCACUUCUCAGUCAGUAGUAAAUGUAAAAAGCACUACGUACCUUUACGAUAAUAUGAAGAACCUCUGUAUCCAUCCCGAGCCUCGUUUCAUGCUUGACAGGACGGCGAUAUUGGAAAAGAGCAGAAUCCUUGCAAUAAUGAGGCCAGCCAUGACUGAACGGAAGAAAAGAAGGUAAUGAGGCUUUUAACAAAGAAAGAAGAAUGGCUGCUUCUUGAGCUUGAAGAGGAUGGUUUUACUGAGACACUGUCCAUAAUAAAUUCAUUUAUCAAAAUAGAAAGUGAAAUGCAACGAGCCCAAGCGUAUUUUUUUGAUGCGAAAGUCUUAAACCGAAAACCGUUAUCUCAGUGUCCCGAUGAACUUGAGUUUCUGUCAAAAAUUUUGAAAUACCGAGAAUACUACAAGAUACAAGGCGAAGUAGAAAAGGGAUUUUCGCUCAUGCUUUAUCUCGCUCUUCAUUACGAGGAGAGGGAUGAUACUUGGCUUUGGAUUGUGUAUGAGAUUUAUUUGCUCGCUUUAGAAGGGGUGACUGAAUUCAAAAGUUGGGAUUCUAACUAUUGCGAAGCCGUGAUUAGAUAUCUUUUUGGCAGAGUGCUUUUAGAACGAAUAAAACGUUUGGAUGAAGCUUACACCCAACUGUUUAUCGCUUAUGAACUAUCUUUGGGGAAAACCUGGUCAACAAGCUGCAUUACCAGCAUAUCAGAGGAUUUUAUCCAUCGAAAUUCAGCAUUUCUUAUUUAUGUUAUACAACUAUUGAGGACAGAAAAGUGGGCCUAUAAAGAUCCUCAGUUUGCCCUAGACUGCAUUAAAGAUGGUGUUCAAAAAAUUAUAAAUACUGGAACAACUCAGGAAAUUAUUGAAGCUCUUAUGGAACUUGCGUUGAUAUACAACAAGAUACACAUGCCACACAAGGCUGUCGUUAUUCUUAUUGAUGUUGUUCAAAACUUCAAAGUUACUUCACCAUCUGAAAAUGAAAACUUGUGCAACUGCUUUCUCUACCUGGCGUUCUGUUACAGAAGGAUGAAUAUGCCUAGAAAAGCAUAUGAAUAUCUUCUGAUGAUGCUCGACACUGCUACCUUAGUCGGCCUCAAAGCACACAAAGCCCAAGCAUUAAAACAUUUGGGUGAAUAUUUUCUCUCCAAGAAGAUGUUUAAAACAGCAAGGAAUUAUUUCCGAGAGAGCAAAAAAAUAUUCCACGCCAUUAACUACGCAGAACAAAUGGAAGAAGUGUCUAUUUUACACGGUUACACUAAAACGGUUAUACAUUUUCCCGAUUUUUGUGAAUCGAUCGUGCACGCUGUAUCACCGAUAGAUGAGGAUUUUGCGAGGAUCUGCUACUGGAUGGAAUAUGGUACAUCGUUCUGGAAAACAAAGGACCCUUCGUCAGAUGUAGAAAUUGAAGUACGACCAGAUGAAGAAGUAGAAACAGAAAAAGUAGAACAAACAGAAAUUCUACCAGCUAUUGAAGAAUCACAAAUUUCUGAUAUGGUUCGACCUGUACCCUCAGAACAAAGUGAAUUCUCUGCAGAACAAGAAACCUUAGAAAAGAAAAAUACACUGAAAAUGUCACCGUAUGAGCUUCAAGACUUAGAAACAAAUAUCACAAACAAAGCUCAAGGAAUUAAUAUAUACUUAUCUUUUAUGAACGAUUGCAUCGCCAUGCCUGGAAAUAAAGAGGAGGCUGUGGACCUUUCAUUUAUUUUAAACUGUUACCUGGAGGAUGAACAUCGAUACAAAAUAAUUGAGAAAAUUGAAGAAUUAAAAUUUAUCAAUGAGAUCCUGAUGUCACCUUAUGAACCGCCCAAAUGUAAUAUACGACAAGAAAGAAGGGAUAAAAUUUGUGUGGAUGCUGAGUCGUCAGAAGAAGAAGACAGCGCUGAUGAGUUAGAGCCUGCUGAAAGCUCGUGCAAAUUAUCUUGUUUAACUAUCCGGCCAAUAAUGCAGAUGAAAGAUACCAAACUGCCCAACAAAGUGUACCUCAUAGACGUCCUCAACCAGCAGAGGAUGAUGUGCAAUGAAAACUACUUGCUGGCCAAACUGCCGAAACGAAGGCACAUUCUGAUUCCAUACUCUCCGAAUCUUGUGAGGCUGAUGAACUCAUACAGUUCGGACGAAAUGGACCAUUUGUAUGUGAUUUCGCCGUACAAAAAUCUAAUGACUAAAAUAUGCAAAGACAUAAGGGAAAUAGAGGAAAACUUUGUUCCGCAUUCGUUGUGGAACGAAAGCCGGUACGCGUAUUCGCCCAGAAAGGCUGGAAAAGUCAACAAACGCGAAGUCAUGGAUAUCACUCCGUUUUAUAAUAUUUUCAAGGGGAAGAUGGAAAGUAUUAAAGACAGAGUCAUUGAAAAGCAUAACAUGCUGACUGAAGAAGCGAUGAAAAAGAAGCAUAAAAGAAUGGAAGAUUCUUUACAAUUGAUUGUUCCAAAAAUUCACGUAGAAAAGUAAUUAAAUAUAAAAAACAAAUAAAUUAUAUGUUAUGUA